AUGUCGUCGAUGAAAAGCAACACGUUUGGCACGAGGAGAAUAACAAACAUGGUUCAGAUUGCAUUCCUGCUGACAGUUUUGAGCUGCUUCAUGCCAUCAGUCGUCGUUGGACAGCGAGACACAAUCUGCCCAACGCAAGAUAUCAUUCUUCCUUGUAGAUGUUCACAGCGCGGUAGUGAAGUACAAAUAUGGUGCUCACACAGCGAUCUUCCGCGAGUUCUGACAGGUUUAAAGGCAGUUUCAAAGUCUAUCAAUCGGCCCAUCGACGAGCUUAUCUUGGAGAACAACUUUCUUCCUUCGCUACCGGGAAGGACUUUUGCGCCCCUCAACAUCCUUCGGCUCAUGCUGCGCCACAACGGCCUCGAGCGGCUCUCCAACGGCUGGUUGAACGAUCUCGACAAGAGCCUGGUGGAGAUCUUCAUAGUCGAGCGCAACCUACGCAGCAUCCCGAUGGACAGUUUAAGCGGUCUCCGGAAACUGGAAGCGGUAACGAUACAGAGUGAAAAUUUGAAACGUCUCCCCGACUUUUCCGGCCUGCCCAAGCUACGGUACGUGAACGUACAGAGUGGUUCGUUGAUCGAGCUGGCACGGCAGCACUUUCGGGACCUGGCGAGCCUUGAGACGGUCCACGUGACGGGAAGCGGAAGCUUGACCCGGCUGGAAGGAGGAUUGUUUAAUGAUCUACCCAAACUGAACCUGAUAAAUCUCUCCGAGAACGGCAUAAAUUGGGUUCACCUGAGGACAUUCGUUGGAUUACCAUCUCUGAAGACGCUCCAUCUAUCGGGGAACAAAAUCACCGAUGCGGGGAUGAUUGGCCGAGCGGUGAAGGAUAUCCACAAUCUUCAUGUUUUGCGGAUGGAUCGCAAUAUGAUAUCGAAGCUCAAUGAAGGCAGCUUUGUCGAUCUUCCAUCGCUGAACGAGCUCUACCUGAACGAUAACGGCAUUACGGAAAUCUUCCAUGGAGCAUUCCACCGGACGCCGAGUUUAAAGUUGGUUCACCUGGAGAACAACUACCUCCGGCGAGUCCAUCCGGAGUCGUUCCUGCAAGCCUCGGGCAGCGGUGUCGAGAUGAUGCACCUUCAGCAGAACGAAAUCGGCCGGGUGGAAGAGUUGCGAUCCCUGCUGGAUGCGCUGCCAAUGCUGCGCUUCCUCGAUCUCAGCUACAACAAACUGGAAGCGAUACCAUUCGGUGCCCUCCGUGGUCACGGUACGCUCGAACAACUGUACCUCAACCAGAACAAGAUUCGUAUGAUCGAACGGGAUGCGUUCAUGGCAAUGCCGGGUUUGCGCGAGCUGCGCCUUCAGAACAAUUCCCUUCACGAUCAGCUACCGAUGCCGUUCUGGAACCUUCCCGGACUGAAAGGAAUCGACAUAUCGUACAACAACUUCCGCCGCAUGGAUCCGAACCUUUUGGUUGGGGUUCCCUCCCUUCGGCGGCUCGAUAUCAGCGGAAACGCGCUUUCCGUGAUCGACGCGAGUGCCUUCAGCCAUACGCCGAUGCUUGAAACGGUAAACAUUUCCUUCAACGAGCUUUCGCUCGUCCAUUCGGGGACGUUUCGCGAGUUGAACCACAUGUUCGAGCUCGAUGCGGGAAGCAAUCGUUUGCAGGAGUUUAUUCCCGGGCUACCGGUGGCGGUCGAGCGGAUUAACCUGCACGGGAACCAGAUCUCACAGCUUCCCCCUCCGGGAAGUCAACUUUGGGACCUACCGAACCUGCGUAUGCUGGACAUCAGUGGCAAUCAGUUGACGCGCCUUCCCAGGGCAGUGUUCAAGCCAACGCCCCAGCUGAGGGUUCUAGCAUUGGCACGCAACCAGCUUCAGUCGAUCGACGAAGGUAGCCUUUCCGGGUUGACCCGGUUGGAGAUCCUUAACCUCCAGGACAACCGUGUGUUGGCACUUCACGAGCGAUGUUUCAGUCCUCUGGAGAACCUGCGUGAGCUGAACCUGCAAGGCAAUCGGAUCGAGGUGCUGGUGGAUAACCUUCUGGACAACAACGCUCUCCUCGAGCAGUUCGAUGCCUCCCGGAACAGUAUCGUGGAAAUAUCGCCCAAGGCAUUCAGGAAAAGUCGCUCCCUGCAGACGUUAGACCUUUCGUCGAAUCAACUUCGCGAGCUACCGGAGUCGCUGUCCGGGUUGGCGGAACUACGAGAGAUCGAUGUAAGCUUCAACCAGAUAGCGGAGCUCUCGCCUAACGUGCUUGUGUCGUGGCGCAAUCUGGAGGAGCUGAAGGUCUCCAACAACAAGGUGAAUCAGCUUCAUCAAGGAUCGCUACGGAACCUUCCUCUGUUGCAGUAUCUGGACCUUUCAAGCAAUGAGCUGACUCUUCUGGAGCAUGGUUCACUAAGAAAUCUACCCGAACUACAAGAAUUAGUGCUGGCAGACAACAAACUGACAGAACUUAAGGAUCGUGUGUUUGAAGAUUUACCCAGUUUACAGGCCGUCCACUUGCAGCAAAACAAUCUACGCUACAUCUCACCGUACAGCUUCUACAGGUCGCCGUCGAUAGUGUACCUCAAUCUUUCGGCAAAUCAAUUCCGCAGCCUGGACAGUGUCGGUUUGCGAAGUGUACGAAACCUGGAGGUUCUCGAUCUGACCGGGAAUAGUAUAAGGAAAAUUACACCGAAUCCGCUGCGUGGCCUUGAUUGGUUGGUCGAGUUGAAGCUGGACCACAACAAAAUCUGCGGCAUCCAAGGGGAACCGUUUGCGUCGAUGCCUCGGUUGAGGGUACUCAGCAUGCGGAACAAUCAUAUGUCGCGCGUUCCGGAACCCAUCUUCCGCAGUCUUCGUUCCAACAUUGCUAUUCUGGACGUUGAUGGAAAUCCAUUGGAAUGUAGCUGCGAUAUGUUGUGGUACCUGGCGUGGUUGCAGGAGAGCCGUAGCCUCAACCCAGGACCACGCUGCAAGGACGGAAAAAUGCUCAUGGAUAUGCGGCUUUCCCGAAACGAUUGUCAAUCCGGUGCACGAACCGCUCCUGGCCAAGUCGACCAUCCACUCACCAACGAUCAUGGUGACGUGUUUGUGCGAGCUCUUGACUACGACGAAUGUGGUUCGGAGAACUACGAAGCACAUCCCGGACCGGCACCAGGAUUCUAUCCGGGUUCUCCGUCACCGGGAGAUAGUGAUUACUUCUACGAUCAGUACGUGGACUAUCCGAACGCUCUGAACGAUAGCAAGCUGGCGAACGGAAUUCGAAACAACGCCACACCUUUCGCAGAGGACCCACAGGAUCGGCGUAAUUUUAGCAGCAACUUUGUUGACUUUAACAACAACAAAUUCAAUCAGUUCCAUCGUCCACCGGGAGUCGUCCCUCCGCAAGGUGUACAGGACACGGGGUCACCUUUCACCUUCUUUGGACUUCCUAUACCGAGUUUGAACAUUGGCAAAAUGUUUGGUGGAUCGGGCCGUAAUGCAAACAACCGGGCGACGGGUGGCACGAGAGGAAAGGGUCGUGUGCAGGUGUACAACUUGGGAGAAUCGGACCAGGGCGUUACCCAUCGAAACGACGCGGAGAAGGUGGAUAGUGCGCAGGUGACACUCAAGACACCCGCUACGGAUCAUCACCAGGACAAGAGUUCCGGUGCAUCGAACGACAACAAUCUCUUCUAUCGGCCGUACUUCCACACAUCCUUCCGGGAUGGGCCACCUCCGGUGCAGGUGCAGAAAGGUGGUUUUACUCCGCUCAUUCCCGGAUCGAUCGGGGGUUUCACACCGAUCACCGAUCCGACGCUGAAGGUGAUCAACCAAAAUUACACCCACGAACCGGGCAAGUGGCCGACGGAGUUUAACGAACGGGUGCCACUGGUCACCGAACCGACGCGAUACCUGCAGCAGAACAAAUUCGAGGCCACAAUAAAACCUUCGCACAACAGUGCGCCAUACUUCGUGGAUGGGAUUACGCAUCAUAUCCCGGGGAAGACGGAAUCGUCCGGCCAGCAGCAAGGAAGUGAAUCAAUCCCGAACACUCACAAGGGCCAUGUUUUGAACACUCCUAAACCUGAUCAAGUUGUUCGAGGAGAAAAUAGUACAUCCGAAGGAGUGGUUUCACAUGCAGAAACGACCGAAGAUUUGGAGGACGAAGGAGAUGACUCGAACGAUAACGCCGAGGACGUCGAUGAGGAGGAGCAAUCCGAAGGAGACGAACCUGAGGGUGAUGAAAGUGGCACGCGAACAGACAGUGGCGAUGCAAAACAUCACGAGUCGGACAUUACAACGCGACUCUCGAUCGAGUUGGGUACUCCAACGAUCGGACCAACAUUCAACAAGGCAUUCCCAACACCGAAUCCCAAUAUCCGAGAUCUUGCCCGAACGCCCAAUCGGGAGCUAUGGGACGUUUCCAGCAAUACCCCAACGUCGCUGUCCGCUCUCAUCGCGACGGGUUCCGCGCCACAUCGGCCGCCGGUGGGGAAGUCUACCAUCGAGAAGGUUCCGGCACCGGUUUCCUCGACCGUGACACCGUACUUCCCGAGCUCUCCGACACCAGGGAAUCGCGUGAUUCCAAAGAUCGAAACGGAGAACACCGAUCGGCACUUUGGAUCACCGAACAUCAUCGAUCUUUCACCGUCGAGUCACCACCAUCCGGAGCAGGACAGUGCGAAUGAAAUCCGCAAGCGGGAAGAUAUGGAUUGGUACUUUGCAAACUACAACCGAACGCCGCAUUACGAUUUCGAUGAGCUGGAACUGAACAGCUUCCGGAGUGGGGCGUCAUUGGAGAAAUUCGGCACGCAGAGCUGCAUAGCAGUAUUGGUUGUUGCACAGAUCGUUUUAGGUUAUAUGAUGUUGAUUUUAUAG